AUGCUGUGGAUGCUGGCUAGGGCGGUGGCUUUUCGGAGACCUGGCCGAGGCCUGGCCAGCGGGAGGGGGCUGUGGACCGGCCGCGCGCAGUCAGAUUGUCAUGGCAUAAAACCACUGGAGGGUGUGAGAAUUCUGGAUCUAACAAGAGUACUGGCAGGACCUUUUGCCACAAUGAAUUUAGGAGAUCUUGGAGCAGAAGUUAUAAAAGUGGAAAGACCAGGAUCUGGUGAUGACACACGAUCUUGGGGACCUCCUUUUGUGAACACAGAAAGUACAUAUUUUCUUAGUGUUAAUCGAAAUAAAAAAAGUAUAGCUGUUAAUAUCAAGGAUCCAAGAGGAGUAAGAAUCAUCAAAGAGCUUGCAGCUAUUUGUGAUGUGUUUGUGGAAAACUAUGUUCCUGGGAAACUUUCUGAGAUGGGCCUAGGAUAUGAAGAUAUAGAUAAGAUUGCUCCCCACAUCAUCUACUGCUCCAUCACAGGAUAUGGCCAGACAGGACCCAUGUCUCACAGAGCAGGUUAUGAUUCUAUUGCCUCUGCUAUGUCUGGUCUAAUGCACAUCACAGGACCUGAGGAUGGAGAUCCUGUUCGUCCAGGAGUGGCCAUGACUGAUCUCGCCACGGGCCUUUUUGCCUAUGGGGCCAUUAUGGCUGGCCUAAUACAACGUUAUAGAACUGGAAAAGGACUGUUCAUUGAUUGUAAUCUACUGUCAUCUCAGGUGGCAUGUUUGACCCACGUAGCUGCUAAUUAUCUUAUUGGACAAAAGGAAGCAAAACGCUGGGGCACAGCUCAUGGCAGUAUUGUUCCUUACCAGGCCUUUAAAACCAAGGAUGGCUAUCUUGUAAUUGGAGCAGGAAAUAACCAGCAGUUUGCUGUUGUAUGCAAGAUCUUGAAUUUGCCUGAAUUGAUUGAUGAUUGCAAGUAUAGAACGAACCAUCUUCGGGUACAGAAUAGAAAAGAGCUUGUGAAAAUCCUGUCAGCACGGUUUGCAGAAGAAGUGACUGCCAAGUGGCUCUGUCUCUUUGAAGGAAGUGGGAUCCCAUAUGGCCCAAUCAACAGUCUGAAGGAUGCGUUUUCAGAAGCCCAGGUAUUGCACAAUGGCCUCAUUAUGGAGAUGAAUCACCCCACUGUGGGGAAGAUUUCAGUCCCAGGUCCAGCUGUGAGAUACAGCAAGUUCAACAUGUCAGAGGCAAAGCCACCUCCCCUGCUGGGACAGCACACAAGGCAUAUCCUGAAGGAGGUUCUCAGAUAUGAUGAGGAGGCUAUCGGGGAGCUACUCUUCUCUGGUGUGAUAGAGCAACAUGAAACCAAGUGACAGAGAAGAAUGCAUCCGAAAACUGCGCCUGGCUGGCCCAGUCGCAGAGUGCUCUGUGCCUGCCUUUCUCCAGUCUUGAUCCCACUGCAAAGCAUGGUGAGGAGAACUGUACAUUACCUACCUGGCAUCUCUGGGGUAACUUUAGAAUUAAAGCCUAGUGCCCAUUUAAAAACUUACUGUUUUGACUUUUAUCCCCAGAAAAUAAUUUAACUAUUGAUUUGUAGACUUUGAUUAAUUCUAAUUUUCUCACCCAAAAGAAGCAAUAACUGUCUGGUGAUGAAAUGUUAUUCUCAUUGAAUUCUUCCACAAUGUACACAUGUAUAGAAACGUCAAAUUAUAAAUUGUACUUUUGAUUUCUCAAUUGAAAAU